GUGGCAGGAGGCAGUAGAGCCACGAUUCCACCUUCAGGAGACCGGAAAGAGGCGAAGAAGCUGGUGGCGGACUUCCUGUGAGUGUCGGCGUGUGUUGAUCGUCUGAUGUUGAAGUUUGUUCAGUUUGACGCCGGGCUCUUGAUAAAAACAUAAAACGCAGCAGCAGAAAUGGCGAGAAACGCGGAGAAGGCCAUGACGGCUCUGGCUCGGUUCAGACAGGCUCAGCUGGAGGAGGGAAAAGUCAAGGAAAGGAGACCUUUUCUGGCGUCAGAGUGCAGCGAACUUCCUAAAGCUGAGAAAUGGAGACGACAGAUCAUCAGUGAGAUCUCAAAGAAAGUGGCUCAGAUCCAGAACGCCGGUCUGGGGGAGUUUAGAAUUCGGGAUCUGAAUGAUGAGAUCAAUAAGCUGCUGAGAGAGAAAGGUCACUGGGAAGUUCGGAUCAAAGAGCUGGGAGGACCCGACUACGCGCGAGUCGGUCCGAAGAUGUUGGAUCACGAGGGGAAGGAGGUUCCAGGAAACAGAGGGUAUAAAUACUUUGGAGCAGCCAGAGACCUGCCCGGAGUCAGGGAGCUGUUUGAGAAGGAGCCUGCCCCGGCGCUGAGGAAGACAAGGGCGGAGCUGAUGAAGGAUGUGGAUGCAGAGUAUUACGGGUACAGAGAUGAAGAUGACGGAGUCCUGCUUCCCCUGGAAACACAGUACGAGAGAAAAGCUGUGUUGGAGGCGGUGCAGAGGUGGAGGACGGAGAAGGAGUCUCGUCUGUCAGGAGAGAAACAGGAGGAGGAAGAGGAGGAGGAGAGCAUCUACACCGUCCUCAACGAAGAGCCUGAUGAUGAAGAGAGCCGGGGCGAGCAGGAGGGAGAGGAGGGAGGAGUAACCUUCAUCGCACAUGUACCUGUUCCCUCACAGAGAGAGGUGGAGGAGGCUCUGGUCAGGAGGAAGAAGAUGGAGUUGUUGCAGCGUUACGCCAGCGAGACUCUUCAGGCUCAAAGUCAAGAGGCCAGGACUCUGCUGGGACUUUAACCUGCAUGUCUGUGUCUUAUCCUGUCUGUCUGCACCUGUCUGUCUGUCUGCAACCUGUCUAUGUUACAGUGUGGAUGUAAAUAUCAGCUCAUUUUUGUACUCAGCCUGUUUCUUAUUAAAAAGUUCUUCAGCUCAG